AUGGCUCGCGCCGGAGGAAAGCGAGCUGCAAAGUCUACAGUCACGCCGACGUCCAGUGCAAAGCCGCCGCCUACCUCUCCUUCUGGCCCUCCUGCGCCGUUCCAAUACGCCCCGAUUUCUAUACGACCAUUCCUUUCCACCCUUCCCACCGACCAUAUAUACCUCGUCCACGUGGACAACACGCCGGCGAGCUUGAAGAAGCGUGUCUUCGUCGUACCUCUGCUACUGAACCUUCUCCUCAUUCUUGGGCUGUGCGUCCGCGUUUACUAUGCGGUUCCGGUAUACCUUGAACAAAUUAUCACCAUCUUCGGCUAUGACACAGCCUACACCGUCGAUACAAAGACGGCAAAGGCGGGCGAGCUCAUGAACACAAUCAGCUCUAGAACUAUCUUGUUGAUGGUGGACUAUGCUCUUUUCGGGUUUGUCGGCAGCUGGCCGCGAGAAUUCUUCUUCGGAGGCAAGACCUCUAGGUUCGUGGGACCAUGGCAGUGGCGAUGGACUCUGGGGUUUAAGGAGACUGAGAUCAUCGUUCGAAGAGGAAGAAUGUGGGAUACACCGUUGCUAGUGGGGGACACGCCUGAGCAGGUCAAGACUUGGAAAAUCGAUGAAGAACUGACCAUCAAGGUCAAAGUCGACCCGGCCAUGCGCACGUCGACCCUCGCAAAGACUGGAUACCUUCUCCUCGACAAAGACUGGGAUCUGGACUUCAAGGCGAUGCUGGAUGCUCACAGGUUAGUCGAGCAAGGGACUGUUCAGGCCAAGGACUUGCAAAAUUUGGCAUUGGUGUAUUACCAGAAACAGUGGCUAAUCUGGCGAGUGCAUGAGGAUUCACACGUUAGUCAAAAGGAGGGACCGCAAGAUGAUAUGCUGGAGCAAUUCAGGGCCAAGCUGGCAGGUCUGGGGGCCGAAGAUGUUUUCUUCCGCUGGAUUGAAAUUGUACAAUAUGAGACCUCGCAACCAGGAGGCUUCACCGAAGGGCGGCAGGCCGAGGCGCUCCGAGAAUUGAAGAAACUUCUUACCAAGAAAGGAGUGGACUAUGCCACGUUCUGGGAGGAAAUCGGUGGCCAGGCUGGGUUGCCGGGUCUCGAAUAUCAGGGUUGA